AUGGCCCUGGUGGCCGGACCGGGCGUCGGGGGUAGUCACUCUGCCACCGGACCCGGGCCUGCAGAACUGACCUUGGUCGUGGACAAACAUGUCAAAUAUAUUCAGGAGCUGGACAGUCGAAGAGAUGAGCUCGACUACUGGUUGACCGAACAUCUGAGACUCAACGGAGUCUACUGGGGGUUGACUGCCCUGCACCUCCUGGGCCAUCCAGAUGCAAUACCGCGGGACAAAACUUUAGAAUUCGUCUUUGCCUGUCAAAACAGCGAUGGAGGCUUCGGCGCCGCCCCAGGCCACGAUUCUCACAUGCUCUAUACCGUGAGCGCAGUGCAAGUCUUGGCCACCAUUAACGCUCUGUCAGAUCUUGAAACAGCCCAGAGAGGGGGGAAGGAAGCGGUUGCAAGAUAUAUCGCCGGCCUUCAGGAUAGGAAUUCUGGUACAUUUGCCGGAGAUGAAUGGGGUGAAACUGACACCCGAUUUCUGUAUGGUGCCUUCAAUGCACUGUCCAUUCUUGAUAUGAUGCAUCUCGUCGAUAUCGAGAAAGCCGUGUCCUACAUUCAAGCAUGUGCCAACUUUGAUGGCGGCUUUGGAAGGUCUCCUGGGGCCGAAUCGCAUGCUGGUCAAAUUUUCACAUGUCUCGGUGCCCUGAGCAUCGUAAAGCGGCUUGAUCUGGUGGACAGUGAGCGGCUCGGUGCCUGGCUCAGUGAAAGACAGUUGUCCAACGGUGGGCUUAAUGGCCGACCUGAGAAGUUGGUGGAUGUGUGCUACAGCUGGUGGGUGCUCAGCAGCCUGGCCAUGCUGGGGAAGUUGCAUUGGAUUGAUGCGGCAGAGUUGACCAAAUUCAUCUUGAAAUGCCAGGAUGUAGAGCAGGGAGGGAUUUCAGACCGUCCGGGAGAUAUGGUUGACGUCUUCCAUACUGUAUUUGGAGUGGCCGGCCUCAGUCUGCUCGGCUAUCCCGGUUUCGUCGAGGUCGACCCCGUCUACUGCAUGCCGCGGAAAGUCACCCAAGCACUGCCGUACCAUCUAGCGUGA